UCGGAUACAAAUCAACGGGGCGGCUUCAAAGUCAACAGUACUUGUCUCUAUAAAUUGGCGGCUCGGCGUCGCCUCCGAGACAUCGCCCGGAGGUGAUCGAGCUGACCGGCGGGUACAAACUCCUCGAUCCCUCUCUGCUCUAGAUCGAUCGAGUAACCCGGCCCAUUUCUUUCUCUCCACCCAAACUAUCUAUCUUUUCAUAUACUUUUAGCUAAUUCCUUUCCCUUUACAAUUCAAGUCGAUUCAUAUUACUUCUCUCCGAUCCUCGCAAGUAGUUCAAUCUUUUUUCCUGAACAACUUCCUGCAACUUUUUCUACGCAUCUCGGCAUCUGCUUGUUCCUUGUAGCGUAAUCUCGGCGUCCAUAUAAGAUCAGAGAUGGAGAACGUUCUCGUCGACCGAUCUGCAGGCGGCCACGCCUUCCGCCGGAGCGCGGGGAUGAGAGGCUGCCGGAGGAUGCUCCCCGGGAGCAUGCCGACGCCGCCUUAUUCCGUCGGCUACGGCUCCUUAUCUCCUUAUUCUUCCUCUCUUCCGCCGCAUCCAUUCCUCUACCCGCCGUAUGACUUCCUGUGCUACAGAUCUCCUCACCAAUCUCUCCCUCCCCUGCCGUCCCAUGGCCUCCCGCCGCUCCCGCCGGCGACCAUGGCCAAGGCCAAGCACGCCUCGCUCCCUCCCCUUCGGUCGGCGUCGACUCUGCCGGCGGCGCCGAGGAAGACGGUGGGGGAGUCGUCGUCGUCGUACAAGAGGAAGAAGCCGAGGGCACCGGAUCAGGAGCCGGCGGCGGCGUUGCCGAGGGCGGCGCGGCGGAGGAAGCCGCUGCAGAGGGCGGCGCCGCUCCCCGCGGCGCCGGCGGUGGUGGAGGCGCUGGACGACCUGGAGCGGGAGGUGACGCGGGGCUUCGUGGAGGACCUGGUGCACGCGCUCGCGCCGCCGCCGAGCAGCCUGCCCCUGCCCACUUUCUCCCUCGUGAGGGCGGCCGCCGCCGCCAAGGCUGCGCCGCCGUCCUGCGCCGUGUAGGGAGAGCAUGGUUGAUCUGCAACAUGCCAUGGACGGGUUCAAGUUUUCUUUUCCUUUCUUCCUCCAAAACCUUUUUCUUUGGACGGAAGAAGAGCCUUUUAAUUGCGUCUUUUAAUUGCAUCUUUUAUGUGAGCAGGUAACUGUAAACCUGAUGCUUUUGAGUCUAGGUUUACAUGCUACUGGUCUUGAACUCUGGAGGUACGGGGUGUGUUUUUUAGUGCCCUGUAUGUACCAAGAUCAAGAUAUAUGUCAUAUGUUUUUUUUUUUUUGCUUGUGCCAAGAUGUUUAUUCGCAUGUAUGCUUGUUUCUGUAUAAGCAAUGGAUUAAUUUGAUCGA